AAGCCCCAUGUUGGGCUCCAUGCUGGGUAUGGAGCCUACAUUUAAAAAAAGGAAAAAAAAGACUAGAAAAAUGAUGCAGAAAUCUGGAGAUUACUUUUAUAGGAAAUGGCAAAAUAGGUAAAUUUUUAUUCUACCUCUAAAGGGAACCAAAGUAAUCAUAUUUUGUUUAAUUCCGAUUCAAGAAACUUUCUACUUAGCUAAAUUUUACCUGUGCCGUUCAGAGUAUUUAUCCACUUUUCUGUGUUAAACUGAAGUCAGAUAAAACCUCUGCCCCAUUUUGCCUGAAGAUUGCUUCAUUUUCCUAAUAAUUGAUGAUAUUGUGUUUUGGAAUGUCUGGACGACAUGCCUAAGCUAGAACAGAUAUAUUGUUUUUAUGGCAGAAAAGUUGAAAUUUAAAAUUCUUUUGAAUCUCUAUAGAAACAAAAAUGUUCCAGUAAAUCACAGAGACUUUUGGUAUGCAACUUAUACACUAUACAGCGUAUCGGAAAAGACAGAAAAUGAAGAAAAAAUGAGUGAUAAUGCCAGUGCGAGUUCGGGCAGUGACCAGGGCCCCUCCAGCAGGCAGCAUACCAUGGUGUCCUUCCUCAAACCUGUCCUUAAGCAGAUAAUUAUGGCUGGCAAGUCAAUGCAGCUGCUGAAGAACCUGCAGUGUGUGGAGAGCACCACAUCCCAGGACACAGCCAGAGAUGCAGAAAGAAAAAGCUUGUAUACCCUGUUUCUGGAAUCUGUACAGUCGCGUCUUCGACAUGGAGAAGAUUCCACUGCACAGGUCCUCACUGAGCAGCAGGCCACCAAAGAGAACCUAAUUAAGAUGCAGUCCAUUGCUGAAAGGCAUCUUGAACUGGAUGACGUUCACGAUCCACUCCUGGCAAUUAACUUUGCAAGGUGAUACAUACCUGGAAGAUUUUGGAUGACUGAAAUAGCAGAAUCUGUGCAGUUACUAUUUAAUAGCCGUUUAUUUCUGCCAGGUAGGGCUUUCCACCCUUAAAAAUAAAAACCUUUGUAGCUCAUCCUUUCUAAUGAAUGCAAGAAGACAUUGCAUUCAGUUUGGCCUCCUUGUUUUGUUAAAGUCCACCGACUUUCAUGUGUCCUGUAUCCAUUGGGAGUUGCCGUUACUCAUACAGAAGAUAUUUCCGAAAGUCUGGGUCAUCUGCAGGCAUCAGGCAGACACACACAUACACACACACACCCUGCUUAAAAUGCAUCGUGGCCCUUAGGUGCUUGUAGGAAGUAAGUCAUUAAUACCCACACAGCACCCUAUUGUCUGAUGGCCAUUAUUAUUCAUUGCCCGAGGCCCAGUGGCCAAAAAGACCUACUCAGUAGUUGAUUCUUAAGGCAGAAGUGGCUGAAAAACUGUUUCACUUAAAGGAUAUUUGGGGG